GGCAUCAACACUUCUAACGACGGCAACGAGCAAACGAACGACCUUAAACCUCAACCUUAAAACAGUCAAAAUAAAAUAACAUAAAGCUAUAUUGCCUCCCAAGAAAGACCAGAGAUUAGUACAAGAAAUCAGUCAAACAUAUUGCGCACACUUAUCAGGAGAUCUAAAACCUUCAUUCGAAAACACUCACCUCAAAACCCCUCCUCGCCGUACAAUACAAGCAACCACGACGAAUCCAAAGUCCCUCUCACAUCCUACAAAAUUACAGCAGUCUAAUAAACUGUAGAGCUUUGCGCCUACUUAGGUAGUUGCGCUGAGCUCGGCUACAGGAACCUCCUUGCUCAUACUUAUAAUCUACAGCCUUUCAAAUACAACAUAAAACAAACACCCCUACCUACCUACAGCUAACAAAAUUUACAACAUCAUCUGGACUGGAUAUUGUUGACUCAACUAACAUACAAUUCUUCGUCUGCAUACAUUCUAAGCUUGAUAAUAUUCCACAAAACAAUCACAACAACAUAUUAUAAUGGCUCCCGACACGGGUGAAGCUCGUCGGUAUACCAGAGACGAAUUGCUGUUUCUGCGAGAUUCACCAUUGGUUGUAAAACCUCCUGGUCUUUUAUCUUCUGCAGAAUGGAUGGGACAAACACCUGACCCGAAUCGGAAUACCUCUACCAGAAUACCUGAUAGAACCAGAGAUCGUGAUGCAAAUCCGCUUCUAGAACACACAAAUCGACGACCACGAAACAAUGCAAACCCCGAGACAAUUCAACUUGUGCCUACGAGAACUACCUUUUCAUCCGCCAAUCCUGCACGUAAUGCAGGCAAAGGUAUCGAUUCUCCAGAUCGACCCGCCCUUCGCGAAAGCGAGUCGCAAAGCAAACUCAGCUAUCGUACAAAAAUCGAUGACAGUGACGAUCGCCCCCGGCGUGAUAUGCUGCGACCGAAGCCUGGUGAUGGUGUCGACCAGGAGGGUUGGAUGGAGGUGAAACCUCGAAAGAGUUUUGGUACUGAAGGAGCUGAGCGGUUUACUGGGCGCAUGGGUGGAGAGAGGCACCGAGAUGAAAAGCGAUUCAAGGAUCGAGAAGAGCGCGAUCCAAAGGAAAGACCUAGAGGGUUUGAGAAUUUCUCCCGAGACAAAGAAAAGAAUCAUGAACAAGACAACAACCGCAGAACUGGAAAUGGUCGGGGAAGAACAGAGCCUACUUGGUUUCGAGAGAACAACGACGGACCGCCAACACCCCGAGAGCGAAAUGCGAAUGCAGAUAGGUUUGAGAAUCGAAAUAAGAGUUGGCGAGAAAAAGACUUCGAUAAUCGUGGGGAUAAAGACAGAGGUGACCGACGCUGGGCAGACAGGAACAGAGUUCACGACGAUCAUAAUGGUGAUGUUCCAGCAUGGGCAGAGGACGAAGGUAUUCAAAUCGCUCCACAAGAUGACUUUCAAAAAUCACAAACAUCUUCUGGUAAUAAUGAGCGCAAAUUUACAGCAGAGGAUAUGCAAAAAUGGAAAGACGCAAUGCAUUCCAAGGACAAGCCAACUGCCAGAGGUAAUACAAUAGCUGAAGAAGCCACGCAGCCAAAAGUUGACGAACAUCCUUCUAUCUUUGGCACACAAAAGCCCAUCUCUCUUGCGCCACUUGAUACUGGAUUUAAUGGAGAUGAAUUUUUCCGUUUGUGGGCUCAACCAAAGAAUGAUAAUGGACUCGCAGCACAGUUUGAUCUGAAUACAGAAAACAUGACAAAAUCUGCCGUGUCCGCUGCACCGGGUGGGAAAACGUCAAGGUUUAACAAAUUCUUUACUCAAGAUGAGACUUCGCAUAAAGUGGAACCACAAACAGCCAUACCAAAGCCAGCUGCCCAUAGACUUGACGGUUUGACCAACAAUGGUCAAUCCCCUGCGGAUAAAGAAGCAAUGCCAAUGAUACUUGCAAUGCUACAAUCUAGUGGAACUCCUCCUGCUAAUCCCAUGAUGCAAUCCAAACCUCCCGCACAAGACACCCAACCAAGUACACCUUUUGAGGGCCGCGAUUCUUCGCACCAGCGUCUUCCAGACCGUCAUGAUGAGAUGAGACCGGCUGCUCACUUAUAUCCCCACAAUUUACAUGAUCUUAGCGCUCAACGUGAACAAGCAGGUAGUCAACCCACUGUACGUCCAGAAGAGAUGUUGAAUCAUUUGGUCAACCAGCGUCAGCAUGCUAUCAGUCAGUCCUCUUUCAGAGGUGAACAGCCUCGCUCCGAACAAACUGCAUUUCUUAUGAGCCUUAUGAGAGAAGCACAAGCAGCUCCAGAGCCUCAAAGAACGGAGCAGAUCAUCCUUGGGCAUCCACCCAGACAGCAACCUAGCCGACAACUCCAACACCAACAACAAUUAGAGAGAGAACAGGACUUACAAGCUCAACGCGAACGUGGAAAUCCACAGCGUCGCCCACCGGGAUUUUUUGAUGAGCCUAUUUAUCGGGGUGGGCCUCCUCCACAACAUGAUAACCCUCGACCUCAACCAACACACAUUCUUCCACGACCACCUCCAGGUCUCGAGCAAUUGCAGCAAGGCUGGCCAGGACAGCCUUCCACUCAGCACCCUCCUCCUCCGCAACAAUUCCGACCAACAGCCCCUCCUGGCCUAGGUGGAAACGUCCCACGCCCGAUGCAAAUGCCUCAGCAAAUUCUCCCACCGGGCUUUCAAAUUCCUGGCAACAUGAACAACUUUCCCCCUCCAGAGGCAUUAGCGGGUCCUCGAAAUAUGCCAUUCAAUCCGCCCUACUUCAACGGCCCACCGCCGGGUUUUCUUCCACCAGCUAUGAGUCCUUUCUCAGCGGAGGGCAUGCCGGCAUUUCCUUUCGAUGGCCGCGGGCCACCUCCUCCACAAGGUGCAUUUAGACGACAAUAGUUUGCACAUGUUUCGCUAAGAAGAAGAUCGCUCAAAUCAUAGUGGUAGAUGAUAUAUCAGCGGUGGGUGGUUAUGAAGGGUUACAAGGAAUGAUUGUCGACGAUGGCCGUAAAAGUGUGUAUGUAGAGUAUCUUUUGGUAUCUAGUGACACUCAUCUGGACGAUCAGGUAAUCGAUCCCAGAUGUUUGUCGGUCGAAUGCGUUUGUGCGUUGAGAACAGCAGUGAGGAAGAUUGCGAUUUAACUACGUAGCGUCAGCGUCGAGCGUGUAUGAUGCAAGUUUCUGGCUUGAUACCAAGAUCCCCCUUGUUUAGCUAGCUACACUUGUGGAGAGGUUUUACUCUCGCGUGAAUGAGAAUUUCAAGCACGUUUAACCACCGCGUUUUCUGUA